AUGCGUAAGUGCAUCUCCAUCCAUGUUGGCCAGGCUGGUGUCCAGAUUGGCAAUGCCUGCUGGGAGCUCUACUGCCUGGAACAUGGCAUCCUGUCCGAUGGUCAGAUGCCCAGUGAGAAGAUCAUUGGGGGAGGAGACGACUCCUUCAACACCUUCUCCAGUGAAACAGGCCCUGGCAAGCAUGUGCCCAGGGCAGUGUUUGUACACUUGGAGUCCACAGUCAUUGAUGAAAUUCACAUUGGCACCUAG